AUGGCAAAAUCUGGAAUGUUCCUCAGUAAGAACCAGUUCAGCUGUGCAAUCUGUCUGGAUGUACUGAAGGAUCCGGUGACUAUUCCCUGUGGACACAGUUACUGUAAGGGCUGCAUUGAGGGCAGCUGGGAUCAGGAUGAUCAUAUUGGUGUCUACAGCUGUCCCCAGUGCAGAGAGACCUUCACCCCAAGACCUGUUCUGGGCAGAAACAUCAUACUGGCUGCUAUAGUGGACAAACUGAAGAAAAUGGGACUCCAAGCUGAUCCCCCUCUUCACUGUUAUGCUGGACCCGGAGAUGUGGCGUGUGAUGUCUGCACUAAGAGAAAGCACAAAGCCAUCAAGUCCUGCCUCGUGUGUCUGGCCUCUUACUGUGAAACUCACCUCCAGCCUCACUAUGAAUCUCCUCCUCUUAAGAAGCACAAACUGGUCCAAGCCACUAGACACCUGCAGGAGAAGAUCUGCUCUCGUCAUGACAAACUGUUAGACGUUUACUGUCGUACUGAACAACAAUGUAUCUGUCUACUGUGUACGAUGGAUGAACACAGAGGCCAUGAUACAGUCUCAGCUGCAGCUGAAAGGACUGAGAAACAGAAGCAGCUUGGGGAAACACAGAAGAAAGCCCAGCAAAGAAUCCAGGAGAGAGAGAAGGAACUGCAGGAUCUGAGACAGGCUGUGGAGUCACUCAGGCGCUCUGCACAGGCAGCAGUGGAGGACAGUGAGAGGAUCUUUACUGAGCUGAUCCGCUCUAUUGAAAGAAGGCGCUCUGAGAUGAAAGAGCUGAUCAGAGAUCAAGAGAAAGCUGCAGCCAGUCAGGCUGAAAUACUCCUAGAGCAACUGGAGCAGGAGAUUGCUGAGCUGAAGAGGAAAGACGCUGAGCUGGAGCAGCUUUCACACACAGAGGAUCACAUCCAUUUCCUCCAGGGCUGUAAUUCUCUCUCUGACCCUCCUGGACAUACAGACCUACACAGCAUCACUUUCAAACCACACUUCUCUUUUGAGGCUGUGAGGAAAUCUGUCUCUGUGCUG